AUGGAGGAGGUCAUUGCCGGCUUGCAAGGGUUCACGUUCGCCUUUGAGCAGGAUGUGGAACUGCAGAAGGGCACUGGGCUCCUGCCUUUUCAGGGCAUGAACAAAUCCAGUUCAGCUGUGUGCAACUUUUUCGCUAAAGGGCUCUGUGCGAAAGGGAUGCGAUGCCCGUUUCGGCACGAGCAGGGUGAGAAGAUGGUGGUGUGCAAACACUGGCUUCGAGGCCUCUGCCGGAGGAGUGACUACUGCAGCUUCCUGCACCAGUAUGACGUCAGCCGGAUGCCAGUGUGCUACUUCCACUCAAAGUUUGGUAAUUGCAGCAACAAGGAAUGCCCCUUCCUCCACUUGAAGCCAGUUCCCACGCUCCAGAAGUGCCCUUGGUAUGACCAAGGGUUCUGCAAGGAAGGUCCCCUGUGUAAAUACCGCCAUGUGCAUCAAGUACUGUGUCCCAACUACUACACCGGCUUCUGCCCCCAGGGACCAAAGUGCCAAUUUGGGCACUGCAGCCUGUCAAUCAGCUAUGGGAUUCAACAACUUCUACUGGCGACACUCUGGUGCCCCCUUCCCAGGCAAAGCCCAUGGUCCACCAUCAGAAGAAAUGGAAUCUGCCUCAGGACUGCAGUUCAAGGGUCCAACUUGCACUGUAGGCCACCAUGCCAGCAAAGUAAGCUGUACCAGUUGGAGUCAUCAAAACCUAGCCUGUAUCGAGGGAGCUGGAAGUUCUCCUAG